AUGGUCAUUCAUAACGAAUCUUUGCUGCUGCAGACAGACAUGGAGUUCAUGAUAUUUUUGCCCAGCAAAAACAACAACACCAACAACAAGCUCUCAUCCACUCAUACGCACACACACAUAUGUGUGGCCUCAGCCGCCCACUCGUAUGUGUUAAACACGACAACGAGGCUAUCCAAUGUGCGUGCAAAGCUGCGUAAAUGUUUGCAGAGCUUAUGGCAGCAUAGGCCAGGGCUAUGCUAUGUCUCCUUUCUCGCCUGCUACGCCAAAGGAUUUGAAUGUUGCGGCAUUUGCAAGAUCAAGCGGAAAUGUUCGGAAGAAGCAGUUGCGUUUGGUAUUUCUCCCUUGCAUGCGAGAAUCAAAUUUAUGGAGUGCAUUCUGCACAUUUCUUACCGUCUAAGUUUCAAAAAAUGGAGAACAGAUAGUUACACAAAAAUUGAAAUGGCGGCAAAUAAAGCUGAAAUUGGGAAGAGAUUAAAGUUGACACUGGGCAUAAAUGUGGACGCGGUGAAGCAAGGUAUGGGCACAACAAACGAUGGCAAUACGGCAAGAAGGUUUUUCGAAAAUCCAGCCAAAACUGCAGACGUAAUUGGAAUAAAAGAAGAGUUAAUACAUAGAUUUAAAAUUAUUUUGGCCGCAAUAAAUUGUAAUGCAGCAGUCGACACUAGCAAAUUUCAUAUAUAUUGCAUGGAUACUGCCAAGUUGUUUGUUGAUCUCUAUGGCUGGUACUACAUGCCUGUAACUGUGCAUAAGAUUCUGGUGCAUGGUAGCAAAAUUAUAGCAGAAGCUAUUCUGCCAAUAGGUAUGCUGUCCGAAGAAGCUCAGGAAGCGAGGAAUAAAGAUUAUAGAGCCUAUAGAUUACAUCAUUCGCGAAGAAUUGGACGUGUAGCCACUAAUGAAGAUGUAAUGCAUAACCUUUUAUUGUCUUCAGACCCAUUUAUAAAUAGAUUUCGCUCAAAGCUGCAAAUCAAAAAAUUGGAGUACGAUAAUGAUGUUAAAAAAUUAUUAAAAGACUAUGCUUAAUUUA